AUGUCUAGUUUGAAUUUCACCAUUUCUCUCUCGGUUGACUUUACAAGUCUGGGAGAUUUUUUCAUCUUCAUUUACCACCUCGUGUUCGCCACAUGUGCGGUUGUGCUGGCGGGCUCGGUGGUCCUCGGGAUCGUGUGCACCCGGGCGCUCCGCCAGCAGAACCGCUUCAUCUUCAUGCUCAACACCAGCAUUAGUGACACCCUCACCGGUUUCUCCGUCUAUUACCUCGGCCUGUUCGACGUGCAGGAGGGUUACCCAUCCAGAAACGGCACCUUUUACAUUUUGCCCUCCUUUUUAGGGGUGAAUGUGAUCACGUUUCUGUUGGCGCAGUUUGACCGCUACCUGGCUGUGGGCCACCCGUUCUUUUACAGCCGCUUCAUUACGCGCGCCUUUGUCAUCGCGUGCUGUGUGUUCUCCUGGGUGUACACCUACCUCAUCCUGACUGUUCAGAACGUUUUACCAGUCGCACAAGCUGUCAAGCUGAGCGCCUUCGGCGUCAUGAUGCUGCAGAUCAUAGUUGUGAUCAAAGUCCUGAUGACCAUUAAGUUAUAUAUCAUCGCCAAACACCAGCUCGGACGCGAGGCGCCCAGUCCGGACAGAGACAGCAAGAAGGAGUCACUGCGCCUCAUCGUGUUCGUAGUGAUUUGUUUUUUGUCGCUGUGGUGUCCCUCCUUCGUGAAUAUCAUAGUCAGGUAUCUGUCAAACAGCGGCCUGCGCUUUAGUAACGAAGCGACCAACGUGUUUGCCAGCAUGGCGCGCUUUAACGCGCUCAGCACUCCUGCGCUUUACAUCUGGGGCAGUCCGGCUCUGCGCGCCGCGGUGUGGAACACGGUGUGGAGGAGAGUGUGUGCACCGUGCCACAUCAGGACUACAAGAGUAUUCAGUAUGAACAUGAAACCAGAGAACGAUAAAGCACCGAGCAUUUCACAGAGCUCGAAGGACAUGUGA